CCUCUCUCCCCGGGCGAGGCCCCAGGUCUCUCAGCCACUGUGGAGAUGGGGGAGGAGGACCCGGAGUUCUUUGUGGUGCAUUCUUCUCACUGCAACCCUCUCAGCCUGGCCCCCUCCUCCCAUUCCACCCCAACACCACUCAUACCCCGCCUGCCAGCUCGGGCUCCCCAGCCCCCAUUCCACGUGGACCAGCCCGGACGGGGUGGGAAGGAGGACAGGAAGCGGGGGAGCCACCUCUGGGAGGAGGGGGAAGGAGGUUCUCCCGGCCUCACUGCCCGCCGUCCGGACUCGAGGCACCAUGUUCUCGGCCGGGCCCCCCAGCUACACUCUCCUCCGGCUCCCCCUGCUGCCGUUGCUGCUGCUACUGCUGGUGCUGGCCUUGGGGAGGGGGCUGGGCCGAGCCAGCCCGGCAGGGGGGCCCCUGGAAGACGUGGUCAUCGAUCGGUACUACAUCCCCAGGGCCUGUCCCCGGGAAGUGCAGAUGGGGGACUUUGUGCGCUACCACUACAACGGCACUUUUGAGGACGGCAAGAAGUUUGACUCCAGCUAUAACCGCAACACCACGGUGGCCAUCGUGGUAGGCGUAGGACGCCUCAUCACCGGCAUGGACCGAGGCCUCCUGGGCAUGUGCAUCAAUGAGCGGCGCCACCUCAUUGUGCCUCCACACCUGGGCUAUGGCAGUGUUGGCGUGGCGGGGCUCAUCCCACCUGAUGCCACCCUCUAUUUUGACGUGGUCAUGCUGGAUGUGUGGAACAAAGCAGACACCGUGCAGGUGGACAUCUUGUUGCGCCCGCCCUUCUGCCCCCGCAUGGUCCAGGAUAGUGACUUUGUUCGCUACCACUACAAUGGCACUCUGCUGGAUGGCACUUCCUUUGACACCAGCUACAGUCGAGGAGGCACUUAUGACACCUACAUCGGCUCUGGUUGGCUGAUCAAAGGCAUGGACCAAGGGCUGCUGGGCAUGUGUCCUGGAGAGAGGAGAAAGAUCAUCAUCCCUCCAUUCCUGGCCUAUGGCGAGAAAGGCUACGGGACUGUGAUCCCCCCGCAGGCCUCCCUGGUCUUUCAUGUCCUACUCAUUGACGUCCACAACCCAAAGGACACUGUCCAGAUAGAGACACUGGAGCUCCCCCUAGGCUGUGUCCGAAGAGCUGUGGCUGGGGACUUCAUGCGAUACCACUAUAACGGCUCACUGAUGGAUGGCACCCUCUUUGACUCCAGCUACUCCCGCAACUACACCUACAAUACCUAUAUCGGGCAGGGUUACAUCAUCCCUGGGAUGGACCAGGGGCUGCAGGGUGCCUGCAUAGGGGAGCACCGGAGAAUCACCAUCCCACCCCACCUGGCCUAUGGGGAGAACGGAACUGGAGACAAGAUCCCUGGCUCUGCUGUGUUGAUCUUCGACGUCCACAUCAUCGACUUCCACAACCCUGCAGAUCCGGUGGAAAUCAAGAUACUGUCCCGGCCCCCUGAUACUUGCAAUGACACCACGAAGCCUGGGGACUUUAUUCGAUACCACUACAACUGCUCUCUGCUGGAUGGCACCCAGCUCUUCUCCUCGCAUGACUACGGGGCACCUCAGGAGGCGACUCUGGGGACCAACAAAGUGAUCGAAGGCCUGGACACAGGCCUGCAGGGCAUGUGUGUGGGAGAGAGGCGACAGUUGGUCGUGCCACCGCACCUGGCCCAUGGGGAGAGUGGAGCCCGGGGGGUUCCUGGUAGUGCUGUGCUGCUGUUUGAGGUGGAGUUGGUGUCCCGGGAGGACGGGCUGCCCAUAGGCUACCUGUUUGUGUGGCAUGAGGACCCUCCUGCUAACCUGUUUGAACACAUGGAUCUCAACAAGGAUGGAGAGGUCCCCCUGGAGGAGUUCUCCACCUUCAUCAAGGCUCAAGCGAAUGAGGGUAAAGGACGUCUUAUGCCUGGGCAAGAGCCUGAGAAAACCAUAGGGGACAUGUUCCAGAACCAGGACCGCAACCAGGAUGGCAAGAUCACAGUGGAGGAACUCAAGCUAAAGACAGAUGAAGACCAGGAGCGGGUCCAUGAGGAACUCUGAAGGGCAGGGAGCCUGGGCCUGGCCUCAGACACAAAGGCCCACUGCUAGGGGGAUAUGGCAGUGGGACUGACCUGCUGACUGUCACCCUCUGCUGGGAUGACAUCUAGGAGUCCAGAUGCCUAAAAAGUCAGAGGAAACAUCUCUGGUCUUCCAGAAUACAGACUUCUGUUCCAUUUUCUUCAACCCCAAAGACCGUCCUUAAAAGGAGUUACAAAGCCAGUUAGGGGACAGUGGGGUCCAAGAUUGGAUGGGGCCAUUGGUGGCCCUUCUCAUCCACCUAGUCACUAGGCAGGAGGGCUGAGCUCCUCAUGUCUUUAUUUCCCCAAACUUUUGUGCUUCUCCUAGCCGUGCCCACCUACC